CUCCUUGUCUCUAUCUAUCUUUAUUCUAUAUCUCACUCUGCAGUUUGGCCGGCUGCUGGAGAAAAAGAGCCGCUGCCUCGUCUUCCUUUUCUCUCUGCCCAAACAAAUAACAUUCAAGAGUAGGUUGGCAUCAUGGCUAGCUUUUUGGUGCAGUCAGCAAAUAUCCCUGCUUUAGUUGCAAGCCAGAGGUCUAGACAAAGUAAAGGAUCUGGAAAUGGAAAAGCGAAAAUGAGUGUUAGAAUGAUGUCUAGUUUACAAGCACCAGGAUUGCGGAUGGGAAGCUUCUAUGGAUUGCGAAGUUUUAAUUCUUUAGAUACUCUGGUUGGACCGGGGCUAGAUUUUAAUUCUAGGGUGGCAAUUACAAUCAAUUCCCUGCAAGGAAGGGGCAGCAGAUGUGUAGCUAAAGCAAUGUUUGAACGCUUUACAGAAAAGGCAAUUAAAGUAAUUAUGCUUGCACAAGAGGAAGCAAGACGGCUUGGUCAUAAUUUUGUUGGCACGGAGCAGAUCUUGUUGGGUCUUAUUGGUGAAGGAACAGGCAUUGCUGCUAAGGUUCUUAAAUCUAUGGGAAUCAAUCUUAAAGAUGCACGAGUAGAAGUGGAAAAGAUAAUUGGAAGGGGUAGUGGAUUUGUCGCUGUGGAGAUUCCAUUCACUCCUCGAGCAAAGCGUGUGUUGGAACUCUCGCUGGAGGAAGCCCGCCAACUUGGCCAUAACUAUAUUGGAUCUGAGCACUUGCUUCUGGGACUGCUUCGUGAGGGUGAGGGUGUAGCGGCUCGUGUUCUUGAGAACUUAGGUGCUGACCCAAGCAACAUCCGCACCCAGGUUAUUCGAAUGGUUGGUGAGAGUACUGAAGCUGUUGGUGCUGGUGUUGGUGGAGGAAGCAGUGGCAAUAAGAUGCCAACACUGGAGGAAUACGGAACCAAUCUGACUAAGCUAGCAGAGGAGGGUAAAUUGGAUCCUGUCGUUGGAAGGCAGCCGCAAAUAGAACGUGUUACCCAAAUUUUGGGCCGGCGAACCAAAAACAAUCCCUGUCUUAUUGGAGAACCUGGAGUUGGGAAAACUGCAAUCGCAGAAGGGCUUGCUCAAAGGAUUGCAACUGGUGAUGUUCCUGAAACAAUAGAGGGGAAGAAGGUCAUAACCUUGGAUAUGGGUCUUCUUGUUGCCGGCACAAAAUAUCGUGGAGAGUUUGAGGAAAGAUUAAAGAAGCUCAUGGAGGAAAUCAAACAAAGUGAUGAGAUAAUACUCUUCAUAGAUGAGGUGCACACUUUAAUUGGAGCAGGAGCUGCAGAAGGAGCAAUUGAUGCGGCAAACAUAUUGAAACCGGCUCUAGCAAGAGGUGAACUACAGUGUAUUGGAGCCACAACACUAGAUGAAUAUAGAAAGCACAUUGAGAAGGACCCAGCAUUGGAAAGACGAUUUCAGCCAGUCAAAGUGCCUGAACCAACAGUGGAUGAAACCAUACAGAUUUUAAAGGGGCUUCGGGAGCGAUAUGAGAUUCAUCACAAGCUCCGCUACACAGACGAAGCUCUUGUUUCUGCUGCACAGCUUUCAUACCAGUACAUCAGUGACCGUUUUCUGCCUGACAAGGCUAUUGACUUGAUUGAUGAAGCUGGUUCUCGGGUUCGUCUACGUCAUGCACAGCUACCAGAAGAAGCAAGAGAGCUUGAGAAGGAGCUCAGGCAGAUCACAAAGGAGAAGAAUGAAGCCGUUCGCAGCCAAGACUUUGAGAAGGCUGGAGAGUUACGGGAUAGAGAAAUGGAUCUUAAGGCACAAAUAUCAGCUCUUGUAGACAAAGGUAAGGAAAUGACUAAGGCAGAGAGUGAGGCUGGAGAUGUAGGUCCUGUUGUGACCGAGGUGGAUAUUCAACAUAUUGUUUCCUCUUGGACCGGCAUUCCUGUGGAGAAAGUUUCAACAGAUGAAUCUGACCGCCUCCUCAAGAUGGAAGAGACCCUCCAUAAACGGGUCAUUGGUCAGGAUGAAGCAGUCAAAGCCAUCAGCCGAGCUAUUCGCCGAGCCCGUGUUGGACUCAAGAAUCCCAACCGUCCAAUUGCCAGCUUUAUCUUUUCAGGCCCAACUGGUGUAGGGAAGUCUGAACUUGCAAAAGCAUUGGCUGCUUACUACUUUGGCUCUGAAGAAGCCAUGAUUAGGCUUGAUAUGAGUGAAUUUAUGGAAAGACACACUGUCUCGAAGCUAAUUGGCUCACCCCCUGGUUAUGUUGGUUACACAGAGGGGGGUCAGCUGACUGAGGCUGUUCGACGCCGUCCUUACACCGUGGUACUCUUCGAUGAGAUUGAGAAGGCCCAUCCCGAUGUAUUCAACAUGAUGCUUCAAAUUCUUGAGGAUGGAAGAUUGACAGAUAGCAAGGGAAGAACUGUGGACUUCAAGAAUACUCUUCUGAUAAUGACAUCAAAUGUGGGAAGCAGUGUCAUUGAGAAAGGAGGCCGCAGGAUAGGAUUUGAUCUGGAUUAUGAUGAGAAAGAUAGCAGUUAUAAUCGAAUUAAGAGCUUGGUGACGGAGGAACUGAAACAAUAUUUCAGGCCUGAGUUUUUGAACAGAUUGGAUGAGAUGAUUGUCUUUAGGCAGCUCACAAAGCUGGAGGUAAAGGAUAUAGCGGAUAUUAUGCUGAAAGAGGUUUUUGAUAGGCUGAAGGGUAAAGAUAUAGAGCUUCAAGUGACAGAGAGGUUCAGAGAUAGAGUGGUUGAGGAAGGGUAUAACCCAAGCUAUGGGGCGAGGCCUCUGAGGAGAGCCAUAAUGAGACUUCUGGAGGACAGCAUGGCAGAGAAGAUGCUUGCGAGGGAGAUCAAAGAGGGUGAUUCAGUUAUUGUGGAUGUUGACUCUGAUGGCAAUGUGACAGUGCUCAAUGGUAGUAGUGGUGCUCCUGAGCCAUUAGGAGAGGCUCUUCCCGUGUAAAGUAAGCAGUUUUAUUUGAUGACCAUUGCCAAUAUGUUGUCUGUACUUGAAAUAGUCGUAGUCUGGUAUUCUUCGAAGGACUACUUGAAAGCGGAACUGGAAGCUGUGGAUUCGAUUAAUUGCUGGCUGUUUCUAUGCUCUUGGUUUCGUCUCAUAAAAGACGCAUAGGUCACUCACAGGUUGUAAGCAGUGACAAUGAAGGAUUUAAAUCUUUUUAUCCAGCGAUACCUGCUGUUAACUUGGCCCCAAGUAACCUUAUGUGUGGAAUGAACUUUUGAUCGUUGUAUUCCAA